CUUCUAAUUGUUCUUUAUUAUUGUCAUCUUAUAUUUUUAUUGUACCAAGGAAAUGAUGGAUUCGGGACCAUUAUUGAAGGAAUGCAAGUGGUCUUUUAACAUCCAUAGAUCGUAGAAAUUUGUUUACCUUCCUUUGUCUUGUUACUAUUUAAUCUUCUAAUAAAGCAUGGUGUGAGAUGCAUCCUACUUUUUUAACAUCUGCAUGUAAUUAAAUUAUAAAAAAAAGAAGAAAAAUGUCUGUCAGAUUUAUUAAUCUUGCAAUCAAUCUUUCAUUUGAAUAUUUUGAUUUCCUAUUUCUUAUCAAUGUAAUUUGAAGAAAUUACUCAAAAUAUUUGCAUUAUGAAGUUUUCUUUUAAUUAAUGCAAAUGUCAUUCUUGAUAGGCUAUACUUCAUUUGUCUUCUCUAAGUGUAAUUGUAUUUAUGAACUUGCAACAUUUUCACUCUGUCUUACACUGUAAUGUUGUUUCACAAAUUAGACAAACAAAACAAAUAGGUCAUAUGCAAAGGAGAAACACAUAUGUGGACACUAUUGUGACAUCAUACUUUGAACAUUCUAUGUGAAGUAAUUUUACCUUCAUGUAACAUUCUUUAAUGUAUUACCAGAACUGAGCUCAAAUCCAAGUCCAUUAUAAAUCCCUUUGUGAAUAUUUUUAAUAAAUUGAAAUCUAAUACACAUGUUCUUUUCCUCAAUAGCAAAUGAUUGCCUUUCUGAUCGAAAGACUGCUUUGGAGGAGCAAAUUUCUGGUACUAGUGGCUUGUACAUUCCAGAAUGUACUCCAGAUGGGCGUUAUAAAAAGAUACAAUGCUAUACUUCCACUGGAUAUUGUUGGUGUGUUUAUGAAGAUACAGGAAUUGUUAUUCCUGGAUCAUCAGUGAAAGAUCAAAAACCCAAUUGUGAUAUAGUGCCUCCUCCAUCAAGACCAAUGGCUGGUUGUCCAGAACCUCGUAAGCAAGCCUUCCUGAAAGACUUCUUGGAAUUCAUGAAGAAAAAAAUGGCUUCAACAAAAGACAAAUCUGUUACUGAAAGUACUUUCUUGAAUUUGAAUGGAGGAUCAGAAGAAACUGUAGCAACGUGGGCAUUCCAAACUUUGGACAAGAAUAAAAACAAGAUCUGGGAGAGAAAGGAAUGGAAAAGUUUUCGCACUUUGGUUAUGUCUCAACCUCAGUUAAGGCGCUGUGGGAAAAGAUUGCCACGAUAUUGUGAUGUAAAUAACGAUCAGAAAAUAAGCCUAACAGAAUGGCUGAACUGCAUGAAGAAUCAACGAAACAGUUCAGCUCUAAGUAUGAAACCUUCAAAUGGUUCAAAUCGCAAUGGCACCAACCCUCUUAUGAUAUAUCUGAAGGCAAGUUGAAAUGACAGAAGAAAUGGAAAUAAAAUUUCAAUAUUCCAAAAUCUUGUAUAUAAGUGAGGUUCAUAAACUAUAAUGAAUGCGUCAAGUAUUAAAGUGUUCAGUUGAGACUGAAUACAUGAGAAGCUUUUAAUGGAUGGGUAUAGUUGUGAUACAAAAUAAAUUAAAACUUUGAGAAAUGUGUCCUAGUUAUAAAAUAGGUACUGUCUUGUAAAUCUUGGUAUCAAGUUCUGUUUAUUUGUGUGAUCUGGAAAAAGAGCUUGGUUGCUCCAAGUACUUCCUGCAUGAUAACAGACACAGUAAAUGUAUUAGUGAUGAGCAUGUACAGAGCAAUUUUAUAGCCCAAUAUACAUGAAAUCCAUGUAUAUUAGUAUGAAUGUUAACAAUGAACAAAUCAUUGUACAUCUGGUUCUUUGGACAUAUCUUUGUAUAUAUGUGUACAUAUUUUUAAAUAACAUAUUUAAUAGCACUUUUUAAGUAUUUUUAAUGUUGUUACUUCAUUUGUGAGACAACAGUAAAUAUAUUUGGAAAAAAAUAUUCAUAUUACGUCUCCGAAAAUAUAAUGUUAGGAAAGACUGUGAUGAUGAAUGAAGUGAGAUUAGGCAGAAGAAGAAUUACUAUGUGUUAAACAUUAGAUGAAAAAAUAUUUAAAAAAAAAGUGAGCAUGAAAAACAUGUUAUGUUAACAUUUUGCAAAUACUGUUUUUGAUUCAAUUGCAUAUCAUGAGAAUUUGUAGAUGAAAAUUUAUAAUUUUAAAAAAUUAAUAUGAUUCCUCACAUUUGAUCACUUACAAAAAACAAAACAGGUGUUAUAUAUUUUAAAGUUAAUAUCUUUUUCACAAUUGACCAGAUAACAGUAGAAAAAAAUACUUCUUUGACAAAAAUGCAUUUUCUAGCAGAUACUCCCUACUUUGAUGUAAUUCUGAAAAAAUGCAAUCAGUAUAUUCCAUAUAAAAAUUUAUUUCAUCAUUAUUGUAAGUACUAGUUUACAUUUGUUGAAUGCCUAAAGAUGAUUCAAAAUAUUUUCUUUUGUAUGUAAGAAAAUCUGUGUUUUAUUGUAGCCAGUUUUGUAGAAGAAUUGAGAAUAAUAAAUUAAUGAUUUCUUGUUUUUCUCAUAUGUAGUAAUUGCUUGUACAGUUUUGGUGAAGGAUUCAACAUAUGUAGAUUUUUAAUUUUAUAAAUAACUUAUAUGACUAAAUUUAAACUAAAAUUAAUUUUUUUACAGUAUAUAGUAUUUAUAAGGUUUUAAUUACUAAUACAAGACAAAAAAACAAUAUUUUAAGAAAAUUCAAAUUCAAUAAAUUUAUUUGUGAUUAUAGUAAUAAUGAUUGAUGAGUUGUAUUCUGACUAGACAAUAAGAUAAGAUAACAUGUGAAGGAGCUAGCAGCUCUCCCAUCGUGCUCUUUGAGCACAGUGGUUAAAACCAUGGUCAUUCCAUGUGAAAUUUAAAGUGAACAAAAAAGGAUAAAGGGAUGUUUUGCUGAUUCUUUAUAUUUCAGUGUUCUUUGUUACACCUUUUGAUUCAUAUCUACACAAAUUAUGUAUUAGAAUAUUUGAUAUUAUCUCUAAGUUCUAUCAGCAAUUUCUUAAAAUGAGCUGUUCAAGUCUUCACAAGAACGAGAGAUUGAAGGUACGAUUGCAGAACAAAUGUUUUUCUGCUGACUGUGUAUGCAACCAUGCCAUACUAUCAGCAGGAAAAAUGAAAAUUAAUGAAUGGGAAAAAAUCUCAGAAAUUUAAACAUUAAUUUUUUGAAAAGAGAAUGUAAAAGUUGCAUUUCCAAAAUGUGGUUUAUGAUAAGUUACUUGACGUAUGAGAAUUUUUUUAUUACUAACACACACACAAAUAGAAUUGGUAAGUGAUGUUUAGUACUUACCUAUGUAAAUAUAAAAGGGUUAUUAAGUUAACAGAGGUACCAUGAGUAUUUUGCCUGUAUUGAAUAUUUAAAUUAUAAGCCAUCUGUAACAUGUGAAAAAUGUUUGUUUGUUAUUAUUGUUUUUUUUGGUUAAAGUAGCAUAUGUUCAGAUUAUUAAUAGUGUAGAUAUAUAGAUCACAAACAAUAAUAAUUCUUAAUAAAUAAGUAUUCCUAUUUCACCAUCAUCACCAUCAUAAAGACGGUUCUGCAGGAUGAAGACCCAAGGGCUAUUCCUGAUUCAGCAGAAGAUCUGAAAAGUAUAUUAAUUUUUCAGGUGUUCCAACAUAGUAAUUUUUUUCUAGCUAACUAUAUCAUAGAAAUUAAUGUGUGGUACUACUAUAUGUGCAGUAUAACUUUUCAUUAGAAUUAGUUUUCUUGUUUUAUCACAAGGUCUAUACUAUUAUAACAAAUAAUGCAAAGCAUUUUAUAUUUUAUACUUUUUGUCUCAUAACAGUUUUGUGCCUUAUCAAAACCCGUUGAUCAUAUAUUGUAAAUACAAUGUGAAUAUUUUUCUACUCAUAUUUGUUUCAGUUACCUUCAAUGUGGAUUGUUCAGUUAUUGUUUGUACCAUGUGUUUGGCUACAAAACCAUGCAAAAAAAAUAAUAUCCAAAAGACAGGAAAGGCCAUAAUUACCAGUAGAGCAACUGGUAGAGACAUGUACUCCUUGAGAUAGCUUGCCCCCCCCC